GCCAAUUGGGUAGUUUCUCAGACUUUCUCAACAAUUGCACAAAUAUGUAAAUAAAUUCAUGAAGUUCUGGCUCCUGAAAUGUUUGUUUAACUUAACUACUUAUUUCCAGUUGCUUACAUCCUAAACCAUAAAAUGCAGCUGUGCAAUCAGUGAUGUCAGAUGCUAAAGAGUGGUUUUCCAUUUUAGGGGUCAAAUAAUUAUUAGCCAGCAAAAAAUGUCUGAAAUCAGUCUUGAGGCUAACUUUCAUUUGAUGGUUUUGAUCGAAUUUUAACACAAAGCUUCAAGAAUCAUAUCUAGUACUUUGGGGAAGUUUGAAUGGAUAUAAAUUAACUUGAUAACUAUGCACCAGUAGUAAUUAAUAAAGAUGAUGCAUUUUACCAAUUGAAACUAAGGGCAAUAAGUCCAACCUACUGUAUUUUUCUGCCCUAGAGGAGGCAGUUAACCCCAGAAUCAACCUACCACCUAGUGUACAUGCAGAUUGUAUAUCCAAAUUAGUAACAUCUUGCUUGCACUAUAUUUGCUCUUGUAGAAUAGUACUAGAACGAUACAGGAUGAAAUGGAAUUCUGAGCAAAUUGUUUUGGCUAUUUGAGAUGAUUUUGAUGAACACACCAGCAAAAAAGGUAGGAAAUAUGUCUGAACUUUUAAACCCUAGAGCUUUGUGUUCUGUAAUUAGAGCAGGUUAGCAGCACCACACCAAAAAUUGGUGUGUAUGCUGAAUUUACAUGCAUCUUUCACUUUAUUAAAAAUCCUUGUACAACUGCAUGCUCACGUAAUUAUCCAAUCAGCCAAUCAUGUGGCAGUAGUGCAAUGCAUAAAAUCAUGCAGAGAGCCCCUCCGCCUCAAGGUUCGGCGUGUUGUCCGUUCUGUGAUGCUUUUCUGUUCACCACGAUUGUAAAGAGUGGUUAUUUGAGUAAUAGUAGUGUUCCUGUCAGUGCGAACCUGUCUGGCCAUUCGUCAACAAGGAAUUUAACUGGACAGAACUGCUGCUGGAUUUUUUUUGUUUAUUUUUUUUUACACCAUUCUGUGUAAACUCUAGAGACUGUAAAAAUGCCAAGAGGUUUAUGAAAUACUCAAACCAGCCCAUCUGGCACUAAAAUACACUUAUUUUCCCCAUUCUGUUAUGUGAAAAUUAAAUAUAGCUUUUGACCUAUAUCUGCAUAUAUGUAUGUAUUGUGCUGCUGCCACAUGAUUGGCUGACUGGAUAAUUGCAUGAAUGUCAUGAAUAUGUGGAUGUACAGGUAUUCCUAAUAAAGUGGACAGUGAGUGUAUUUUUGCUGUAUGAUUAUUAAAUUAUGAUGUGCAAAGGACUCUAGCCAUAGCUAUGUUAUGAUUUAGUUUAGACUAUUAUAAUUUCUUUUCUUUUUCUUUUUUUUUUUUUUACAUUGUUGGAGAACAGUGCAGAAAGCUACAUGUCAAACUUUUUGUGUAUGAUAUAUUUGGCAUUUGUAUAAUAAAACAUUUACGCCUCUUAAGAAACCACUGGUUCAGCUGCAGCAGUAAUUUGCCUCAAUGUUUUGUCAACUUCCUCUGGUAAAGACCUUACUGCUGAUAAGAUGAUGUGGCCGACUGUGUCACCCAGUUCUUGAAAGCUUUUCCUCCUGCGGACUUCUAUUUUCUUCUGCUUUUUCUUUCCUUUUCAACUCAUAGCCAGACUUUGAGUUUUCAACUCGCAAGUUAUCAGCAGGGAACGGUGAAGCUAGAGAUUUCAUCUGGAUUUCUCAAAGGCAGCAACAUGAAUGGCACCGACAACUACUCGAACUAUGAAGACGUUCAGUACUUCAGUGACUAUGAUCCCUGUGACAUUGGUUUGUCUCAGGAAUCAAAGAACUCCAUUGGAACAGUGGCGCUCGUGCUCUACUGCCUGACGUGUGUCCUUGGAGUUCCUGGAAAUGCCCUUGUAGUGUGGAUUGCUGGUGUGAAGAUGAAGAAGACCAUUAACACCAUCUGGUUUCUGAACCUGGCCAUCGCUGACCUUCUGUGCUGCCUGUCCAUACCGUUUACUGUGGCUGAAAUCCUUCUAGACCAUCAAUGGCCAUAUGGAGAUGCUAUGUGCAAAGUCCUACCCACCAUCAUCGUUGUCAACAUGUUCGCCAGCAUCUUCACCCUGAACUUCAUCAGUCUGGAUCGCUUCAUCCAGGUUGUUAAACCUGUUUGGGCUCAAAAUAAUCGGACACUUAGGUUAGCAUGGGUAUGCUGUGCCAUGGCAUGGGCACUGGCCAUAAUCCUCAGUCUGCCCACUAUGAUCCUACGAGAAACGUACACCAUGGAUACCUUGAAUAUAACCAUCUGCAUUUUCAGUAUGAGAAAUGCUACAGAAGGAGGAUGCAGCGCUGACAAAGGUUUCUCUUACAGGGUGCUAACCAUGACCCGGUUUGUGUUAGGCUUCCUCAUACCACUUCUUUGCAUUGUGUUUUGCUACACCUGUAUCGCCCGGAAGGUUAUGAGCAGCCACUUUCGUGCAGGAAGAGCAUUCCGUAUCAUGCUAGCUGUUGUUGUGGCAUUUUUUCUCUCCUGGUUUCCCUACCAUGUGGUGGGUCUGGUAGACAUUUAUGGUGGGGAACAGGAUUCCAUGCUAGCUAGAGACAUGGACCCUUUGGUCAUCUCUUUAGCGUACAUCAACAGCUGCAUGAACCCAAUUCUGUACGUGUUUAUGGGGCAGGACUUUAAAGAGAAAAUUAAACUCUCUUUGAGACGGGUCUUCGAGAAGGCUUUUAGUGAAGAUACCACACACUUGUCAGUGAACUCUAAAGGACAGCAGUCACGUUGCACCAACUCCUCAGUUGCCCAGCUGUGACAGUAGAGUCCAAAUUAUGAGGGACCAUUAACCAUUUGGACUAUUUUGUGCAGUGUGUAAUAUGUGUAGUAAUAAAUGGACCUAAAGGACAAAUCUAUCCUGAACGAUAUGCACAUUAAUCCAUAUAAUUAAUGAUAAGUAAUGAUAUUUGGAGCUCACUUUCAUCUUUCGUCAACCUGUUGGUUCUAACUACCUGCUGAUAGUGGUGCCAGGCAGGUUUUAGCCCUUACUUUAACCUGUACCUAAAGAGAACAAUGCAGUGGUGCUUUAGUCUUUUAGUUUGUAUAGCUCUCUUUUCUCUCAACUCUCAACGGUAAUACUAAUACCACCAUCAACGCCACCGCCCUUGUUAUCUCUUAUAUCACUAACUAGCUGAUCCGGGUCUCUACUGUAAGUGAUUUGUAGAGACUUUGAGUCCAACAUUUGCACCAUCUCUACUACUUCUAUGUUCUCAUUAACAUGACAUUGAACAUUGUUGGAAAAUGGUGAAUAGAGAACAGAGGCUCUUGUGGUUUUGUUUUAGGGAACUAACAGAAAACACCUGAUCAUUAUCAAUUAUGUUUGAGCUCACUGAAUUUUUUUCUCCUCUAAAAUGACAGAGCAGGAAACAGCUACAAUAACAACUAUACAGCACCAAACAACAAAUUAGCACCAGAAUUAUUAAACCAAAUUUUUCAAUAUACACUCAGCUACACACUCACUAUCGACUUUAAUAGGAACACCUGCUCAUUUAUUCAGUUUUUCUGUGUAAACACCAUAUCACCAUUCUGUGUAAACUCUCCGUGACUGUUGUGCGUGAAAAUCCCAGGAGAUCAGCAGUUUCUGAAAUACUCAAGCCAGCCCAUCUGGCACCAGCAACCACGCUACGGUUAAAGUCACAGAGGUCACACUUUUUCCCCAUUCUGAUGUUUGCUGUGAACAUUAAUUGAAGCUCUUGACCUGUAUCUGUAUGAUUUUCGGCAUUGUGCUGCUACCACAUGAUUGAAUGAUUGGAUAACUGCCUGAAUGAGCAGGUCUACAAGUGUUCCUAUUGCAUUCCUAUGUAUUUAAUGUCUUUCAUGGUGGAGUUUUCUUUGAAAUGUGAGUGGCACUUUCUUUUUCUUUUCAAUUGCUAUAUGCUCAAUCAUUUUAUUAUCUUUGCAGCUGAGGAAACGUAUUAAAAUGGUUUAAACAUAGUUUAAAUAAUUGGAGAGCUAAAAUAGCCAGUGAGAAGUUACCUUAUUGUUAGUUUACAGUAAAUAUAGUUUUUUUUAGUGUAUACUGUAUGGAUAAAACAAACGAAGUAAGUAACAAAGUUAAAUACUAGACAACUCUGUUAAUGGUUUUAAAUUAUAAUGCCAUUUAUAAUUCUAAUAAUCAAAUAGACAUCAGAUUUAUCAGGUGCACAUGGUUGCCAUGUUGGCACAACAGAUUCUUAUCACUUGAGUAACACAGGAUAUUAAAUGAAAAGAAAAACAGGAUUUCUAAAUUAGGAGCACUUAUUUAGAUGUUUGCAUUCCUACGAAGUGAAUGAUUACAGUCAUUACGUUUGUUUAAAGAACAUCAAGCACGUCAGCCUGGGUCAUGAUUUUAUCAAUACAGAUUCCAGGAGGGGUCGUUAUACUGAUGACAUGACAUGCGUUCAGCAUUCUUGAACAGUUUGUCAGACUUAGAGACUUUUUGAGCCUAAAAAAGGGUUUAAUGGUUCUUGAAGUGGACAUGUGCUGUUCAGUCUGGAGUCUGGUUCAUCAUGACUCAGGCCUUGAUUUAAUAGUGUAAUUAAAUAUGAUGAAGAAUGGAAAAUGUUUGCCUACUAGUAUUUUUAUGUGUGUGUGUGUGUGUGUUUGUCCCAGUCACAAAUUUCAGUGUCUUUGAACUUUUUUUUUUGACAUCCUCUCAGAUAUGCCUGCAGCAAAUGUGUGCCAUCUUGUUAUUUAUAUCAUGCAAACACAGGCAGCAUGAACUAUAUAGACUGCAGAGUAAGCUCACUGAAUUCUUCUAAAUUUGAUUAUAAAGGAUAGUUUUAUAACCAGAUUUAAAGUACUACUAUAUUUUCUGUAAUAAGAAAAAGUGUUGUACAACUAUUUAUAUGAUAUAGUACAAUUUUCCAUACAAACCAAUUAUAAUUAUUAAAAAAGGAAAUAAAAAAAGAUGAUGGUGCACAGUCAUGAAAUUCUCAAAUGCAUGGGAAAACCCUUCACAUGGUAAAAAUAUGACUUUUUUGUACUACAUAGUGCUGAAAACUAUUUGUUUCUCUUUUAUGUUUCUGUUUAGCAUUUCAAAAUCUCAUUAGCCCAAAAGUGAAAAAGGAGAAAAUGACAUUUAAAGAUAUUUACAGACAUUUUGACUUAGGCUUACGUCUGUUUCGCAAUGUCUUGCAGCUAUGACUUGUAGGAAAUCACACUUAACUAGCCAGAUAUUAGCCAUAUUUAUGCAGAAUGACUAACACAACAUGAUGUUUGCAGAAAUGUA